UCUCAAUAAAUUAUAAAAUGUACCUAAAACAUAUCCUAUGAUCCAUUGCAACUUGCGUUGAAACUAAAGAGAGAGGGAUCAAGGAUGAAUGGCAAAACUAUUGUGGCUAGCAUAAUUGUUGGAAUUUUAGGGUUGAUAUCAACGGGCGUGGGUCUUACUUUCGCGGUCUUGCCUUUUAAAAAUCAGAUUCGUCUACUUUACUUCAGAUGUACAAACGAUUUAUGUGUAGUGCAUGAAUGCCUAUACUUUCGAAGUCCGAUGUUUUAUAUGAUCGUUGCUGCAAUAGUUUGCCUAAUAGUGGCACUAAUUUUAAUUAGCAUUUCAGCUGAUUGUGGUUGUGGCAGAGCAACUAAUUCAUCCUCUAGUUCAAGAGCAUUAGCAAUUCUUGCUUUUGUCUGCUGUUGGUUGACAUGUACACCAGCAAUCAUCUUAUUCCUUUAUGCUGGAGCCACACAUUAUGGAAUACGGAUCUCUAAGAACGGAGGGAGUAUAUCGUUCACUGAUGCUUCAUCAAGUAUUGGUGGUUUUUACCGAAGUUGCUUCAAGGUAAACCAUGGAGUAUUUGGUGCAGCAGCUGCAUUGUCAUUUGUCGGUAUUGCCCUUGGAAUCAUAAGUUACAUUACUUUAGUUUAUGAAGAUCACAAAAUCAGAAGAGCGAAUCAAGCUAGAAGGGGAUCUACAAAUGAGCUUCAAUAAAUUACCUCUUUAUCUAACUACAGUCCCAAGUGAGAUUGAAGCUUAAUGUAUGAUGUUAUUAUUGUUAAUAAUUGUGGUGUAUAUGUUAUUUUUUGCAUUUUGAUUUGAAGCAUCAAUUUUGAGAGCAAGUUUGUGUACAAAUUUAUAACUUAAUUAAUACUUCGUAUAAUUUAUAUGUAACAUACCAUAUAGUCAAAGUUAAGC